GUCCAUGCAGCCAGAUCCAGACCCACCCACAUACUCAUCCCACAUGGAUGUAUGAGAUAGAGCCUAGAUGACAUCUGCCCCACAUUUCCUCUCACUCUCUGCUGUGUCUUAGAAAAAAAAUUGUAUGCCAGCUCUUUGUUCUUUCAUCAGAUUUGUUUAUACGUGUUCAUAAUAUGACAAACCUUCCUAUCCCUUCUGGCUGUCUGCCCAUUUGUUAUCUGAAGAAAUACCAGAACCAUUUUCCAUGAAAACAUCUAUUCUUGGAUCUGGAGAGAUUCUUUUACACUUUUGUUUUUGGUUUUAGUUUCUUGUAGGCAACUGGAGGUAAUGUUGCUGAUGACUCGGUGUACAUUCUCCAUGUUUGUAAUAUAACGAGCGUUUUGGGUAUUGGGUCCCUUCUUUCGUUUGGUUUUAUUACAAAGCAAUGGUUUGUCCAGUGAGAACCCAUUAAGGUAUCUUUCAGUUUCAUGUACUCUUAAAAUUUGAUCUCAGUUUCUUCCGUCCGUGUGUUCUUUUUCUCCGUAUUUUUCCCGGAUUGUUGCUACUUGCUAAAGUUUGAAACUUUUGAGGAAUGCAUGGAGAUCCUAAAAUGGGCAUUUAUGUUUAGGAGGAUAAUUUGUGAGAUUCGAUUUUUGAGCUAAAGGACAAUUCUUGAUACUAUGGGUAUUGGUGGAUGCCAAAUGCUUACAUUUGGAGCUGGAAAUUAGCUGGAACCCAUGAGGAUUUUUUUGUCCCCCUUCUGAUUUGUUGGUAACUUAUGAUUUUGGAAAUGCUGCACUCCAUGUAUAUGGAAAGUGCUUCAUUCUGUCUUGGUUCAAGGAAUUGGUAACAGUGGUAUUUCUCCUCUGAAUUUAACGGUUCUGAAUUUCUCCUCUGAGAGAGAGAGAGAGAGAGAGAGAGAGAGAGAGAGAGUUCAACGUUGGAGUUUGACUCUGAUUAAAGCAAACUCUGGAGAAUCUGGAAACGGUAUUUCUUAAUUAGGUUAGCUGGGAAUUGCUUAGACAUCUUAGAUUGUGGUUGACUGUUGAAAAGCUUCAGAUCAGCUUAUGGAGGUAGAGCUUAAAAAUUUGUGAUUCCUGUUUUUGGAUAAAGGAUAAUGGAAUAUUAGGAAGGAUAACCAUUCAAUAAAAUUGGUUGAGGAAGAGGAGAUGGCAGCAAAACUUUUACAUUCUCUAGCAGAUGAUAAUCCAGAUUUGCAGAAACAAAUAGGAUGCAUGACUGGGAUUUUUCAGCUCUUUGAUCGCCAACAUGUCAUCACUGGUAGGCGUCUCAGCCAGAGGAGGCUUCCUCCAGGUGAUUCCCACUUGAGCAACGGCAGCUCUGACAAGGAAUCUUUUGAUGUUUAUCACCGGGCUACAGCAGCUGAAAUGAAUUUAAACAAGAGUUUGAAUGAGAAGCAAAGAAUUUCUACAGAAUCAUCAAGACCAUCUUUUUCUUCCUCUUGUUCGUCCUCCUUGUCCUCUUUGGAUUGUAACAGAACAGCUCAACCAGAAGCGUCUUCCUUUGACAGAAUCAUUUUCCCUGAAACUCCUUCAAGGGAUGCUGCUCUAACUCAGCAAAGUACCUCUCCACAUUUGGGACGGCAAUCUCUUGAUCUUCGAGAUGUUGUCAAGGAUUCAAUGUAUAGAGAAGCCAAAGGGCUAUCAGUCAGAACUUCAACUAAAGAGGAAGCAGUGGCUUAUGCAGUGAAACAUAAAGACUCCCCCAGACCUUUACAACUCUCAAAAUCCGUGGAUGGAUCUUAUGGAAUUGGAAACAAGGGGAAGCAAAAUUCUGCUGUUGAUCUCAACGAGUCCCUUAGAGUCCUCGCUAAACUUCGAGAAGCUCCAUGGUAUUAUAAUGAAACUAAAGAAAGGCCAAGGUCAUUGCAUGACCUGAAAGAGGAGCCUUCACAUAUAAUUUCAAAAGAUGCUCCUCGGUUUUCUUAUGAUGAGAGGGAAAUGAAUCGUUUCUCUUUUGAAUCCCGAGAUACCAUCAAGUCCAACCUAAGGCUGAAAGAGCUGCCUAGACUUUCACUGGACAGCAGAGAAAUUUCUAUGCGAGGGUCCAACUCUGAUUCAAAAUCAAGUUUCAUUUCAAAAGAUUUACAAAAUGGUGUAAAUCCAAAUGAAAAGGUCUAUAACAUACAACAAUCACUGGGAACUCAGAAACGCCCUCCUAAUGUGGUGGCUAAGUUGAUGGGUUUGGAAGCAUUACCACAUUCUGCAUCCACAAGUUCCAGUCAGUCAGAUUUAAUCAAGAGCUUUCCUGUUGACCAUAAUGAUUCCUUGUCAACAUCAUCAAAAGCAAAUGACCUAAACAGGCAAAUUCGGAUUCCCAAGUCCCCAAGAAGUUCAUCAAAAGAGCCAAUUUCACCAAGGUGGAAAAAUCCUGAUUUGAUCAUGAAACCAAUUUCAAGGUUGCCAAUAGAACCAGCACCAUGGAAGCAACAAGAAGGAAAUCGACCUUCUCAGAGACCUGCAAAAUUUUCAGCUGAGAUACCAAAUCCCUUUCCAACAGUUUACAGCGAGAUUGAAAAAAGACUGAAAGAUCUUCAGUUCAAUCAAUCCGGGAAGGAUCUCAGAGCUCUUAAACAGAUUCUGGAAGCAAUGCAGGCCAAGGGGCUACUGGAGACCAGAAAAGAAGAACAAGGUACAAAUUUUGGAAUUCAAAGGGAGCAUGAACCAAACUGCAAUAGUGCUAGUCAAAGGCCAAGAUUGUUGCGCCAACGCUACCAACAGAACAGCCAUCUUAGUGCUUCCACAACUAGGAGCUCUGGUUCAUUGAGGGGUCACGAGUCCCCUAUUGUGAUCAUGAAACCAACCAAACUGGUUGAAAAAUCUGGCAUUCCUGCUUCAUCAGUAAUUUCAAUAGAUAGCCUUUCUAAUCUUCAUAAAACCCCAAGCAGUGGACAUGCAGAUGUUAAAAGUAGAUCAGUUAAUAGCCGUACAGCUAAAGAUCAAUCUCCUGGAAUCAGUCACCUGGACUCUGCUGCUAAAUCCAUUGACAAGAAAGCCAGUGUGAGGAAUAGAUCCACCCAAUCUUCAACAAGACCUCAACAAUUGUCAAAAGAAAACACCACAAGUUCAAUAAAAAGCUCAGGAUCUGUGAGCCCAAGAUUGCAACCGAAAAAGCUGGAGUUAGAGAAGCGAUCUCGUCCACCUACACCUCCAUCUGAUUCAAACAGACCUAGAAGGCAAUCUAGCAGAAUAUCAACUGAUUCUGGUUCCCCUGGUGGGAAAAACAGACUGAAAGCUCACAAAUUGCCACAGAGUGAUGACCAACUGAGUCAGAUAAGUACCGAAUCAAGUCACCAAGGCGAUGACAUAUCUCUGCAGUCUGACAGCACUGUUAUCUUUGACUCGAAGGCAGAUAUGGAAGUCACCAGCACUGAGAAAUCUACUGAGAUCAAUGGCAGCCACAGUCCAUCUAUGAAGGCCAGAAAUCACUUGGUUCUUGGCGCCGAAAUACCAACUUCAAUGUUGGAAGAAGAUGGAAUAUUGGCAGAAUUUGCAGUUGAUACCCUAGAACAUCCUAGUCCCAUCUCUGUUCUUGACGCUUCAGUGUAUAGAGAUGGCACACCGUCUCCAGUAAAGCAAAUAUCAAAUGUAGCUGAAGGUGAUGGUGCUGAGGAUUCCAAGGAUCAACAGAGUGAGAAUCAGUGGAACCUAGCAGAUAAUUUUGUAUCCAACAGUGUGGGGUCUGGGCUCACAUCAGAGAUCAGUCGCAAGAAAUUACAGAACGUAGAGAGUUUGGUCAAGAAACUUAGACGACUAAACUCCACUCAUGAUGAAGCCAGCACUGAUUAUAUUGCAUCACUCUGUGAGAACACAAAUCCGGACCACAGAUACAUCUCUGAGAUUUUGCUAGCUUCCGGUCUUCUACUCAGAGACCUUGGCUCUGGCAUGGCAGCAUUUCAGCUUCACUCCUCAGGUCACCCCAUUAACCCCGAGUUAUUCUUUGUAUUGGAGCAAACCAAGGGCAGCACUUUGCUUUCAAAAGAAGAGUGCAGCCCUGGAAAGACCUCCCAUUCAAAGCCAAACCCUGAAAGGUUUCACAGAAAGCUCAUAUUUGAUGCUGUUAAUGAGAUGAUUGUUAAGAAGUUAGCAUUAGCGAUGCCCUCUGCUGAGCCAUGGUUGAAAUCUGAUAAGCUGGCAAAGAAGACUCUCAGUGCUCAAAAGCUCCUAAAAGAGUUGUGUUCAGAAAUUGAACAGCUUCAGUCCAAGAAAUCAGGAAGCUGGUUAGAGGAAGAGGAGGAUGGUAUGAAAGGCAUUUUGUGUGAUGAUGUGAUGCAUCGGUCAGAGAUUUGGACAGAUUUUCAUGAUGAGGUUUCUGGUUUGGUGUUAGAUGUUGAGCGGUCGAUCUUUAAGGAUUUAGUUGAUGAAAUUGUGAUGGGUGAGGCAGCUGGUUUGCGCACAAGACCAGCUAGGCGCAGGCUGCUAUCUACAAAAUAGCAUCCAUCUUCUAAUUCUUCAUUUUACCUUUUCUCUUUCUUUCUUACUCUGAUUUACAUAUAUAUCUAUAUUUUUUAUACUAAAGCAAAAUAAGUAAGAACUGGAAUGCUAUGAUGGGUUGGAUUGUAAAGAAAUUAAUUUCUCAGAUUUUGACA